CGUCGUUAUGCAGCAUCACACGUGUUGCUUCCUGCAACCGCACCAUGAUACAAUGCCACGCGUCCACUCAACGAACAACUCCAGGCCCAUUUCCAUUCCAAUCCCCCCAACUUUCGUUAACCAACAACACCUCCAUCGAAAUUCCAACGAUCUUCAAAGAGAGUGACAGAGAAAGAGAGAGAGAGAGAUAAAAAAACAGAGAAUAUGAUGAACGCUUUGGCCCUGUGUCUGGUUUUGAUUUCACUAGUAACAGCACCGACUCCAAGCCCAGUAAAGGGGAACAACCCAACCAAAGAAGAAGAUGUCAUAGUCAAAGAAGGCCACCGAGUCGUAGUUGUGGAGUUCGAUAAACAAGAUGGCAACACCAAAGUCUCAAUCUCGCCCCACGAAUCUCAGUAUCAGCCUCACCUCUCUGAGAGUCAUGGCCAGGGCCAGAGUCCCAGAGAGCUCGUCUGCAACGCUUUAGGCAACUGCAAGCACAAAGUUGCCACUGCACUCGGCAAAACCAAAGUUCUGGUCUCCGAUAAGGCCCACGAUGUCGAAGAACAAGCGGCCGAGACUGUUUCUGAUGCUUUGGGUAAAGCGAAAGAGGCGGUGUCGCAUAAAACUAGUCAGAUCUCCGAUAAGGCUCGUGAGGUCGAACAAGCUGCGAAAGAAGCCGUCGGAGAAGUUUCGGCAAAAGCGAAAGAGGCGGUUUCGGAUAAAGCUCGACGAGUAGAAGGAGGUGUGAAAGAGAUGGCUGCGAAAGCUAAGGGUGGUGCACACAAUGUUUUUGAGUCGGCAAAAGAACAGGCCAAAGAGAAGGCACAAGAAGGCAGCAAAAUGGCAGAGCAAGCCACGGAGACAAAUUGUUAUGCGAAGAGGCUCAAAGAGGAAGGAGAAAGGGAGUUGAAUGAGAUACUCCAACGAGCCCAUGAAGUGGGUGAAAAGGCAGAGCAAGCAAAAGAGAUGGUGAAGACCGGUGCAAAGAAAGUUAAGGAGGGAGGAGAAAAGGAGAUGAAUAACAUUCUCCGGCGAGGCCGAGAAGUGAGCCACGAUGUGUUAAUAUAUUUACAAUCAAUGAUGAGUGUGGUUCAUCUGCUAGGAUUUGCAACAGCUUAUGGGAUGUGCAUGUGGGUGACCUUUCUGUCAAGCUAUGUUUUGGCUGGAGCUUUGCCGAGGCAGCAAUUCAGUGUGGUGCAGAGCAAGAUAUACCCCGUGUAUUUCAGGGCCAUGGCCUAUAGCAUACUAGUAGCCUUGCUUGGGCAUUUGUUGGGGAAAAGGAAGAGAUUGUUGUUGUUCAGCGUGGCCGAAAUGUUUGUGGUCUAUCAUCUUGUGGCCUCGCUUGUCAUGAUUUUGGUUAAUUUGCUCUACUUGGAGCCCCGAGCCACCAAGGUGAUGAUCGAGAGGAUGAAGAUCGAGAAGGAAGAAGGGCGAGUCAGUUUAAACAUCAACACUAGCAGCAAAGCAGCAGACCGUGUUGUGGAGCCUACAGUGAAACCUGCCCGUGCCUCAACUCCACCUAGCAUGACUAGAAUGCCGGAAAGAGCAGAGCAAGAGGUAGGGAAGUCUCGAGUUGUGGUACUUAACGCAAGGCUGAAGAAACUAAAUACUUAUUCUUCCUUUCUCAACGCACUCACACUUAUGGUUCUAUCUUGGCACCUUGUCUACCUCAGCCAACUUCUUUAUGCGGCGGCCUGCUAAUGCUGCAGGUGCAGUGCAGCUUAGAAACAGGAAGGAGUAGGUGCUAAAAGUGGAGAAGUUUUGAUGCAGCAAAAUGCGAAAUUCUGGAAACAACGUAGUCAUGUUCUUCACUUGUAAAAAGUGUAGUAGUUAGUACUAGGGGAGAAAGCAACAAUGCUAACUAAUAUUAUACGCAGUUCAGAUUGCGAGUAAAGGAUUUUGAUGCAGCAAAAUGCGAAAUUCUGGAACAUAGUCAUGUUCUUGGCUUGUAAAGAGUGUAGUAGUUAGUACUAGGGGAGAAAACAACAAUGCUAACUAUACUAUAUGCAGUUCAGAUUGCAAGAAAAGGGUUGUGUUUAGGAUUUACAAUGUAAAUGUUGGUUCGGAGACAGUAUUUACUUUGGUAUCAAUCAAAAUCUCUUGUUGUACCCCCAACCCAAACGAGGGUGAU